AUGGAAGCAGCCCUUAACCUAUUAUUAGAAGGUAGCGACGAUGAGAAAGAUAUGGAGCUUCCAGCGAGACGAUUGAGAUUUAUUCGAGAGAGGAUAGAUCAUCUCGAAGACCUAGACGAUGUUGAUUUUUGUAGAAGAUUUCGACUUUCAAAGAACAGUGCCCUCCAAGUUCUAACUUUAAUCGAACAUCGUUUGGAAUUUCCAACGUUUGAGAAAAAUGAUGCUGUUUCACCCAUGAACCAGUUAUUGUUGUGCUUGAGAUUUUACGCUACUGGCUGCACUCAAUUGACCGCAGCAGAUUUCAGUGGUGUCAGUGAUACUACCGCCCACCGCAUAAUACACAGGGUUACAGCUGCUAUUGCUUCCCUGUACCGUCAGUUCAUUUACUUUCCAAGAACUAAAGCAGAAAUACAACAGACUCAAAGAGACUUUUAUGUGAUUGCUCGUUUUCCAAAAAGGGGAGGGGAUCCACUUCCACCUGAUGACAAUGAAUUGCAACUUCCAGUACCAUGGGAUGCACUCAUUGAUCAAGGAAGAAUUGAUAAUCCCCUGAUUCCAAACGAGCAUGGCCAUGGAGCAGACCCUUAUAGACAACCUUUAAUCAAUGACUACUUCAGGACUCUGCACAGGAAUCAGAAUAAUUGA